AUGGAUAGAAAUAGCUUGGCUUUUGACUCUGGUGCUAUAAUGGAUCAACUGGCUGACUGGGAUUUGGGCGAGGACUUGGACGAUGAUAAUGAUUGGCAUCCACCUGGUGAGCUACCUAGUUCUAGCUCUGAUGACGAAGACGAGCAAGAAGCAAGAGAUUCAACAGUAGCAAGUCCAUCAUCGCCGAAUAAAUGGACUCGCAGACGAUUCGUCGGUAAACCCAUACCUGCACUGAUCUUGGAGUCGACGGAAGAGGUACUUACUCCAAGUGAAUACUUUGAUAGAACUUUAAAAUAUGUGCCUGAUUGGUGGUUGGCGGUUCAACCAGAAAACCCACCCGAGAAGAAUUCGAAGAAAUGA